AUGUCAUUGGGUCACUUCCGUAAACAAAGGUUCGGUUUCUUCGUUCAGGUCAACACGUGUAUAGUGAAAUAGUGUGUCGUGUGUAAGUCAGUUUUUUUGCAGCCUGUAUUACGUUCCCGUCUCACUCGUUUUGAAGUCAUUUGUCGCUGCUGAAAGAAAAUAAUAGGACCUAUCUCUUUGGCCGAUCGUGGACAGUGUUGAAACAAGCGAAGAUGCCAGCCUGUAUCGUCUGCUCUACAGAAGCUCCGAAAUACAGAUGUCCACAGUGCCUCGAGCAGUAUUGCUCUGUAAAAUGCUGUAAAGGUCACAAAGAGCUUUGUCAGAAACAGCCCAAAGAACAACCAAACCAUCAAGCCCAAAUUGCCAUACCUAGUGAAGACACAGAUGGACUUCCCCCAAAUCCUCGACGGGUGAAACUGAGCGGUAAUGAUGCUUUUGAAGAUGAUGCUGAAAAUGAGGACAAAGUUUCAGAAAUAUUGUUACAGCAGCUGGGAAAGAGUGAGGAGCUAAAGUCCACCCUGUGUAACCCUCACCUGAGAGCCAUAAUGGAGAACCUGGUCAACUCUGACCAGCCUGGGCGUGCCCUGUCUUUGGCCAUGCAAGAACCAAUCUUCAAAGAGUUUGCUGAUGUCUGUCUCAGUUUAGUUGACCGGGACAAUCCAAAUCUGGAGCCUGAAGUUGUUUCGUAGUUCUAGAAGCCUGUCCUCAUGGUUGAUGAUAACAGAGACAAGUGACUAAAACUGUUGGGAAAUGCUCUACCAAAUCCUCACACCAAACAGUACUGGACGCUUGGGAUACAACAUACUCAUAAUGGUUGAGAUUGAUGGACUUGUUCAGCCCGGGGCGGGGAUUUUAGGGCCCUUCAGUAUCGAGAAUCUUGUUUUGCACUUAGAGAAAAGAUGAUGGAACCGACAGUGACUAUCUUAGACCCAAAAGUGUUGUGGACUGUGAGCAUGUUGCAUUUUUGUGCAGGUCUAUAAGGAUUACCUUACAUGCUGGAAUGCUCAUCAACUUUGAAAUCCUGUUGAGAGUGAAUGCAAACUGCUCUCUAUUAAUUACGUGUAAAUUCAUCUUGGCUUCAUUCUGGCUCUGACACAGUGCAGUUUCUUUAUUUUAGAAUUUUAGAACACAUAGUUGGGCAAAUGCUGUGUGUUAUGAUUGACACUGUUGUUGUAAGAAAGUAUUGUCAGACUCAAGAGACUUGGUGUUGAACGAAGGGUAUGACAGGACUGCAGUGAAUGUUUUGCUGAAGUGGUCAGCUGCUUCAGUUUUGAUUUUAAAAAGUGGUUGUUUGAAUUCAUGUAAAUAAUGUACAGAUCAGAAAGAUGAAAGAAUGGAAAGUUUAUUUUCUGAAAUUGUUGAAUGAGGAAGAUAACUAGUCAUAAAUGAUUAUAUCUUAUGACUAUUGUUGAACGAUUGAGGUUUUUGUUGUUGCAAUUUUGUGAUUUUUACCUUGCACUGUUUUCAUUAAUGAAUGCUCAUGUUCAUAAACAGAAUGCACAAUGAAACUGAAUAAAAAUGAAGAGAUGAUAA